UCCCAGCAGGCAUGCAGAAAACCAUGUGAUUGGUGGCAGUCAUCACCCGCCAUACUCCUGGUGUAUAUCUGUGCUUUACUGGUCAUAUGACCGCAGCAGUCAUAUGAUAAGAAACCAUUUGCUUGUUUUUCCCCACACAGUUUAAAAACAAUUCUGUGUGGUUGCAGUUUCCCUGAUUUGUAAGGAGGAUUGCACCAGCCAGCAUGGGAUCCUGUUACCGCCAUUAUAACAUCAAGUACUCCUGGCAGAAUCGACCCGGGACCCCGAUAUUAGCGAUGGUGCUAAUCGCCGUCCUGUCGUGGAAGCUGAUCCCAGGCGCGUCAGCCGCACUUGGGCAGCUCAAGCCCCUGAUCUUUGAAGAACAGCUCCUGUGGGUCAGUGGUACAGUGGGCUCUGUCAGUACCUACCGGAUUCCUCUCAUCUCCUUCACCCCUAAAGGCAGUCUGCUCGCCUUCUCUGAGGCCAGGAAAGGCUCCUCCUCAGAUGUGGGGGCAAAGUUCAUUGCCCAGCGCAGAUCCACUGACAAAGGUGUUACCUGGGGCCCGACGUCCUUCAUUGUGGAUGAUGGCAUGGUUGCGGACGGGCUGAACCUGGGCUCUGUGGUGGUUGAUGAGGAGACAGGCUCUGUGUUUCUGAUCUACUCCCUCUGCGCUCACUACUAUCACUGCAACGUCUCCAGCACCUUCCUGAUCGAGAGCAUCGACGAUGGCCUGACCUGGAGCCGGCCCCGCAACCUCUCCAAAGAGCUGGGCACCAAAAUGUUUGCACCCGGCCCAGGCUACGGCAUUCAGAAGAGGCUGCCCCCCAAGCAGGGCCGGCUGAUCGUGUGCGGUCACGGGACCCUCGAGGGGGACGGAGUGUUCUGUCUGCUCAGCGAUGAUCACGGGGGGUCCUGGAGGUACGGAGGUAGUCUAAAGAGCAUUCCCUACAACCAGCCCAAGAAAGCCAGCGACUUCAACCCUGACGAGUGCCAGGCAGUGGAACUUCCAGACGGCUCAGUUGUGAUCAAUGUCCGCAAUCAGUAUUUCUAUCACUGUAACUGUCGCAUGGUGAUCCACAGCAAUGACGGCUGCGACACCCUGCCUCUGGAGAACCUGAGAUUCGACGAGACCCUCAUCGACCCCGCAGUGGCAGCCGGAGCGCUGCUCAAAAACAAGGUGCUUUUCUUCAGCAACCCUGCCGACCUCCACAAGAGAGUGAAACUCACCCUGCGUUGGUCCCUUAAUAGCGGGUCGUCAUGGGAACAGGAGACAGUGGAGGUGUGGCCAGGGCCCAGUGGCUAUUCCUCGAUGACAUCACUGAACGGCAGUGUGGAAGAUGAGAAGUAUAUCUUCUUGGUGUACGAGAAGGGGCACCAGGAAUUAACAGAGACCAUCUCCUUCGUCAAGAUACACCUCUAUGGUGGUCUGUAGGCAAUGCAAAGCAAUGGGAUAUUCAAGUAAUACAGAGUAGAGACCAAGCUCACUUGUCUGUUUUGAAGGAGGCAGGGGGGUGGUUGAUAUUGGGGUGAUUUUGUAGCACAUACCGCCACCUGGUGACAGAAUACUGGAAUUGCAUUUUUAUUAUUUGUAUAAAAUUUGUCUUAAAGGGAAAGCAGAUUUAAAUGAUUUAAAAUCUUCAGAUGACUUCAGGGAAUGUUUUAAUUAUAUAGAUAUAGUUAUAGAUAUAUAAAUAUCUCUUCACCUACUCUGUCUAUGUGAGGGGGCUAGCUCUCUGGAUGUUUGCAAACACCAUAUAAUAGUAAGGUCAGUGUACUGGCAACGUCAAUGACAUUUGAAAUGACUUCCGGUGUAAGAUGUAUUAUCUAACUCUGUGGUGGGCCUUCUUCCCUUGUGUUUGAUUGGAUUCGGACAGGGAUGUCAACGAGUGGCUCAUCCAGGCUGAGGAAACGCAAGCAAGACUGAAGAGCAGGGUUGAAACAAUAAUGGAUUAUCAUGUGAUCGAUAAUUGCUUUGGUCUUGAUCAUUUUAUAGUAUUGAAAAAUGACAAUCUCAUUAUUGCCAAUAAUGUUUCUGACCGCCAUCUAAGUGUAAACGCCACAGCUAUUGAGAUGAUUUCUAAAGAGAUGCUGGGGGUGCUAAGUGCCAUGUGAUUAAAGUGAAAAUGAGUUGAAUUCAGUCGCCCCUCUAUUGUGGUAGAGAACUCUGGCAUGGCUUUAUUUUAAUAAGCGAUAAACAGAAAAAAAAAAAAAUAGCUAUAGCUAUGGCCAAAUGUUUUGCAGCACCCUAUAGAAUUAACAAAUUUUGCUUCAUAAAGUCAAAUGAAACCUGCUGAAUAAUGUUACGUUAACAUAUUUAAUUACAUACUGCUUUGUAGUUUUCCAUAUAAAAACUGAUGUUAAAUAAAAUAUGUAAAUUAAGUUCAUACAGGUUUUUUUUUGUUUUUUUUAAAUGUGUCAUAAUCCCAAAAUUGUAGGUGAUGCUAAACUUUUGGCCAUAGCUGUAAUGAGAAGAUUGCAAUAUAUGGGAGUUAAAAGAUGAUUUAAGAUAUUGUGGUCAUUUCUAGAUCAUUAAAAUAGACCUUGUUUCUCUCGUGCAAUGGUUUGAAAGAGAAUACAAUGUACAAAUACCUUUUUGAUUUUGUAAAUACUGUAUGUACAUUUAUUUAUGAGCUGCACAAAAAAAGUAAAGCGACAUGAUUCUCUCAACUGCUUUACUUGUGAAAUUCCCAUUCGAAAUACUGUGAGCGCUUGCAGCACACUCACUUGUAAUACAGUUCCUUGUUCAGAUGCUUCGAUGUUAAUGUGUUUCUAUAAAAGCUUGUGAUUCUUCUAA